AUGGGAGAAACUUUAGUAUCAGCUAGCAUAAAUGAUAUUCCAAACGAAGGAUUGCUCCUACCGCCUGGAUUCGCGAAUCCAUUAUCACGAGAAGACGUGGAACGAGAAAUAGAAGAAAGAUAUCUAAUACCUCAUACUUCAUUCCCUACUUCAUGGCUGUUCAAAUGUCAACAAUUGUUGGAACGGGAGCCUGACUUUAUGUCAUUAACUGCAUUGGAACCAUCGAAAUCACGAACUACUUUAGAAAUGAUUCGAGAUGGUCCUGAUGGAAAGAUUAUUGGAUAUAAAGAAAUCGUAGUUGGUGAAUCGAAUUUGACUGCAAAAAAUUCAACAUCAUUAUUACGUGAACCAGGGGCUAUAAAUCAUUUUGUCAAGGGAGCUUCUAGUCAAUUUCCAUUUGCUCCUGGUGGAUUGGAAUCUGAAGUAAUGGUUGAUACAGGAACAGUGAUUAAUAUUAAUGAUAAAGAAAUUGUAAAUCUUUCAUUGAAUUUUGAAGACGACGAAAUACUAUCAAUACCUCCGGGCUUUGAUCGUGGUUUGAUAUUUGAAGACGGACAAAAUCGUCAAAUUCGAGUCCCAACAAAUAAAUUGACAAGUUUAAAUAUUACUGAUAUGAUAUCUCAUGAUGAAAAUGAAUUGGCUGAAUUCCUUGAACCGUUGAACGAAACGGAAUAUAUUCGAGAGGUUUUAAAUAAAGAAUUACAAGAGAAUAUUGAAGUUGUAGAAAUGAUGAAAGACGAAGAAACGAAUAAAGAUAUAACAGAUCUAGAAGAUUCUGUUGAUAAUCUCCUACCAACUCGGGCACCUCCACUUAAAGGCUUAGGCACAGCAAGUAAAGCAAGUACCUCUGCAGCUCGAAAACGUAAUUGGGCUCAUGACAUUGAUGUUAAUAUUGAAUUAUCGAACUUUGAAGAGCUGGUCCCAGAAAUGGCUUUUGACUAUCCGUUUGAAUUGGAUACAUUUCAAAAACAAGCAAUUUAUCAUUUGGAAAGUGGUUGUUCGAUCUUUGUAGCUGCCCAUACUUCAGCCGGUAAAACUGCGAUUGCUGAAUAUGCUAUAGCUUUAUCUGCUAAACAUAUGACGCGAGCUAUAUAUACAUCUCCGAUUAAAGCUCUUUCUAAUCAAAAAUAUGGAGAAUUUAAGAAAAAUUUUGAAGUUGGUAUAUUGACAGGAGAUGUUCAAAUCCAUCCUGAAUCUUCCUGUUUAAUUAUGACAACAGAGAUUUUAAGAUCAAUGUUAUAUAAAGGAGCUGAUUUAAUUAGAGAUGUCGAAUUUGUUAUAUUUGAUGAACGCGGCGUAGUUUGGGAGGAAGUUAUUAUUAUGUUACCUGCUCAUGUAACUCUUAUUCUUUUAUCGGCUACUGUACCGAAUACCAAAGAAUUUGCUGAUUGGGUUGGGCGAACAAAGAAGAAAGAUAUUUACGUGAUCAGCACACCGAAACGUCCCGUGCCACUCGAGCAUUACAUAUAUGCUAAUAAAGAAAUUUAUAAAAUUGUCGAUGAAAAUGGCAAAUUCCUAGAACAAGGGUAUCAAGAAGGCGGUGGAGGUGGAGGUGGAGGUGCUAGAACGAAUUUUCAAGAUAAACCUUUAUGGAUAGAUCUUAGGUGUAAUAUUUUAGCAGAAUCCCUUAGUAGUUUGGAUCUUUGUAAUGCUGCUGAGCAAAGUAAAAUUUGUAUUACUAUCGAGAAUAGUUUGAAGCGACUAAAAGGAACUAAUAAGGAUUUGCUUCAAGUGUUGAAAAUGAAAAGUUGGUUGAAACGAGGAAUUGCUGUGCAUCAUAGUGGAUUACUUCCAAUAAUUAAAGAGAUGGUAGAAAAAUUAUUUAAAGAUGGACUUGUCAAAGUACUGUUUGCCACAGAAACUUUUGCUAUGGGUGUAAAUAUGCCAGCACGUACAGUUGUCUACUCUGGUAUAAAAAAACAUGAUGGAAUGGGCCUUCGUGAAUUAAAUCCAGGAGAAUAUACGCAAAUGUCUGGACGUGCGGGAAGACGUAAUAAAGAUCAUACUGGUAUUGUGAUUAUUCUUCCUGACCGUCGCGAUAAAAUUCCCGAAGUAUCAUCGCUUAAAAAUAUGAUAUUGGGAAAACCUACGAAAUUGGAAUCACAAUUUCGCCUUACUUAUAAUAUGAUACUUAAUUUAUUGCGUGUUAAAGCUUUACGUGUUGAAGAGAUGAUCAAGCGAAGUUUUUCCGAGAAUGCAAGUCAGAAAAUAUUGCCAGACCAACAGGAAGAAUUCAUGAAGAACGAAAAAUCUUUUAGUGAAUUAAAAAAACUUGAUUGUACUAUAUGUAAUCGUGAUAUCAAUGAAUAUUAUGAUGCCUCGACAACGAUUGUAAAAAUUAAUCAUCAUCUUUUAGAAAAAAUUAUUAUUAAUCCUUUAGGACUUAAAGUACUAAGUCCUGGAAGAGUGAUUGUUAUUAAUAGCGGUUCUUAUAGGAAUGUAGCAGCUGUUAUAUUGAAAUCCGCACCAGCAGGUCCUAAAAUUGACAAAUCAUUUUGGGUCUUUAUGCUUUUAGAUGAAGAUACAAUUCAAUCUGAACGAGAAGGUUUAGCGCCACUUCCCGUCACAAGACUAUCUAUUCCUAAUCCAAGUUCUUGUACAUACAAGAUUGAAUAUCUUACUUAUAGAGAUAUUGGUUUUGUAACAAACCAUCUAAUUAAUCUUGAUAUAUACGCUAUAAUGGAAAAGAAUGAUCAACAUGAAAUUUCUAAAUUGAUGCAAGAAUUGCUGCGAUAUGCAACACAAAAUAGAAUUAAUGAAUAUGACUGGUCAAAGAUAAAAGAGUACAAUUUUCAACUUGAAUUGAUAAAAAAAAACAAAUUAAUGAAUGAAUUGAAUUCAUUUCACUGUGUGAUAUGUCCAGAUUUAAUCGAACAUUAUGGACAUAUACAUGGAGAGCGUGAGCUUAAAGCAAGAAUUGACGAUCUAAAACAUACAAUAUCGGAUCAAAAUCUUGAAUUAUUACCAGUUUAUGAACAAAAGAUUGAAGUAUUAAAGAGGUUAAAGUAUAUUGAUCCGAAUGGUACAUUACAAUUGAAAGGUCAUGUUGCAUGUGAAGUAACAGAUGAAUUGGUACUUACCGAAUUAAUUCUUGAAAAUGAAUUUAAAGAAUAUGAACCAGAAGAAAUUGUUGCUAUGUUGUCAUGCUUCGUAUUUCAAGAAAAACGUGCUAGUAAACCAAAUCUUACGCCAAAAUUAGAGGAAGGAGUAGAAACUAUAAAGAAAUUUGGAAAAAACAUUGCUAAAGAAUGUGAUCUUAAUGAUGAUGAUAUAAAAAUAAACAUUGGAUUAGUUGAAGUAGUUUAUGAAUGGGCUAAAAAAGAAAUGGAUUUUAAAGAAAUUACAGAAUUAACUGAAGUAUUAGAAGGGUCAAUUGUGAGAUGUAUUACAAGAUUGGAUGAAACUUGUAGAGAAGUAAUAAAUGCAGCUAGAAUGAUUGGUGAUUCUUCUUUAUCUAAAAAAAUGAAAGAAGCUCAAUCAUCUAUUAAACGUGAUAUAAUAACUACUAAAAGUUUGUAUUUGUAA